UCCCCUAAGUUGCAAGAGGCUCCAUCCGGACGCUGCGUUUCUGCUGCAGUUAGCGGUUUUUUUGAAACCCACUCUUCACAAUGUCUGCUGGGAACGCCAAGAUCGGACACCCUGCUCCUCAGUUCAGCACCACGGCUGUAGUGGAUGGGGCUUUUAAGGAGGUCAAGCUGUCUGAUUACAGAGGGAAGUAUGUGGUGGUCUUUUUCUACCCCCUGGACUUCACCUUUGUCUGCCCCACGGAGAUCGUGGCUUUCAGCGAUCGGGUGGACGAGUUCCGUAAGAUAGACUGCGAGGUGAUCGGAGCCUCCGUUGAUUCCCAGUUCAGCCACCUGGCCUGGAUCAACACACCACGGAAGGAAGGUGGCCUGGGCCCAAUGAAGAUCCCGCUGCUGGCUGACGUGACCAAGUCAAUCUCCCGUGACUACGGGGUGCUUAAGGAGGACGAGGGCAUCACUUACCGGGGCCUGUUUGUGAUUGACGGAAAGGGAAUUCUGAGGCAGAUCACCAUCAACGACCUGCCAGUGGGACGCUCCGUGGACGAGACCCUCCGUCUGGUUCAGGCCUUCCAGCACACUGACAAGCACGGGGAAGUGUGUCCUGCUGGCUGGAAACCAGGAAGUGCAACCAUUAUUCCUGAUGUGCAGAAGAGCAAGGCGUACUUCUCCAAACAGAACUGAAACCCCCCCUUUGGCGUCUUAUGAUUCAUUUUUUUUUUUGGGGGGGGGGGUGUGUGGUUUGGAUACUUGGCACUUACAACAUCAUCUAAUGAAAUUCUUUGAGUUAGCAUAGGAAAGUUUAAAGUAACUAAUAUUAUGGGUGCAAAAGCACAAAACAUUAACUCAUUCUUGCUAUCAAUUUAUGAAUAUGAAUAUGAAUAAGCUAUUCCUUCAAGUCAAAUGCACUGAAAAAUUGUCGGAGAAUGAGUCUGUUGUAUCUGGGGACAUGGGAGAUGACAAAUGUUUCUGAAAAGUGUGAAAUAAAUGGCCGUAUUAAAUUA